CAGGUGUGGGCGGUUCAGAGCAGGGCAAAGGAGAGGCAGGCUGCAAGGGAGGCUGGUGGCCGUGCUGCUCAGCCUGCAGGGCUUGGUCCGACGUGAGCGGGGUUGAAUGGAAAGUCAACGUCCUGCGCUGCGGGAAAGCUGGGCUGCGGAGACAUCGGCAUUUCUGUGCUGACGGGAGGAGGACCCUCCAGGGAAUUGAGACCAAGGCGCAAACAACUUUUCAUUAAUGUGAAACUUGGCACCGCCCAGCUCUUACCCCUAACAGCGGUACCGGCAGCCAAGCAAAACGCUGCGUUCUCAGUGCCGAAGGCUGGCUUCUCCUAUUAAAGCACGAGGAACUGCUCAAUCCCGCAGCACUCCGAGGACCGUCCCUGGCGGUGCCCCGCUCGCACAGCGGCCCGGCAGCCCAUCAUCCCCUCUCAAUUAACGCGCGUCGCCGCAGCGCGGCUGUAGCUUUAAAGCGGGUGGAAGAGAGCGGUGCCAGGUCCGGCCCCGCCGCGCAGCCCUCGCCGCUCAGCCCGCCAUGGGGAGCCGCGCGAUCUUCGUCUUCCUCGCCCUCCUCUCUCUCGCCUCUGCCCGCCGCAAGCUGUUGCUUUUCCUCCUCGACGGUUUCCGCUUCGACUACAUCGACGACGCGGAGCUGGAGUCCCUGCCGGGCUUUCGGGACAUCAUCGGCAUGGGCGUGAAGGUGGACUACAUGACCCCCGACUUCCCCAGCCUCUCCUACCCCAACUACUACACGCUGAUGACGGGUCGGCACUGUGAGGUUCAUCAGAUGAUUGGAAACUACAUGUGGGACCCGAAGACAAACGUUUCUUUUGAUAUUGGUGUGAAUAAAGAAAGCCUCCUACCUCUCUGGUGGAAUGGAUCGGAGCCUUUGUGGGUCACAAUGAUGAAAGAAAAAAAUGUUUUCAUGUACUACUGGCCAGGUUGUGAGGUUGAAAUCCUUGGAGUCAGACCAAGUUAUUGCCGCGAAUACUUCAGUGUUCCAACAGACCAAAACUUUGCGGAUGCUAUCAGCGAUGCUCUCGAGGUUCUCCGCAAUGGCAGCGCUGAAAUGGCAGCUGUGUACUACGAGCGCAUCGACGUGGAAGGCCACCACUAUGGCCCCUGGUCCGAGCAGAGGAAGAGUGCUUUGAAGGAGGUGGACAAAGCCAUGAGCAACAUGAUUACGCAGAUUAAGAACAAGGGCCUUCAGCAUGACGUCAAUGUCCUCCUCUUCUCUGACCAUGGAAUGACAGACAUCUCUUGGACAGACAAAGUGAUCGAACUGAAAAACUACAUCAAUAUGAGUGAUACAAUACAAAUGAAGGACCGAGGUCCUGUUGUGAGCCUUUGGCCAGUUCCAGAGAAGCACACGGAGGUAUGUGAGGCUUGUUGGUGCUGGUCUAUUUUAUUUCAUUUUUCCUUGGUUCUUAUGACACUUGUUCCUUCAGUAUGAAUGUAACAUCCAAAUUCUGUCCUCAGAGAUAUGGCUCUUCAGGCCACUUUGAUCCUGUGACUUUACACUCUUGUAACAAAGGUUUCUAGAGGGGAUUCACACCAGACAAAUUAA